CACAUUGAAAUGAUCGGCACGUCGCAAUUAAAAAAACACACACACACACACACGCACACACGCAUUCGCGGAUAUUUUUGGUUGCCUUGACUAAGGAAAACACAUGGCCGCCGGAGCUGCCGAUGGAAUUUUCUGGUCGCUUUACGAAGGGUGCAUAUCCGGCAACGAAAUCGGCAUCGAGCGCCGGCCGUACCACAAGAACUGCCGCUGCGCACUCCACGAUAAGUCGCGAGGGAACUGUCCUCGCUCAAUCGCUAAAAGCAAUAACGUAUCGUAUCCCAUGAGGAGAGCGUGGAGUGAAGGAUGCUUGAUGAUGACGGCGGCCGCUUCGUCUUCUUGCCAUUCGUCACCUUCUUCGUUGCCGGCUUGGGCCGGGAAGCACCACUUGGGACCGUCUAAAGAAGAGGACGAAAUUGAUCUGCUGGGAAAUGGUAAAAUUGUGAAAAUGAAUACGAAUUUAAUUGAAUGAAUUCAGCUUUAUUUUUUCUGGUUUUAGAAUAAUAGAAGGGAUGGGAAAUUUUGUUAGUUUUCUAUUGAAAAAAAAUGGAAGAUCUGAAAUAUAUAGUUUCUGAUUCGUUGGCAUUGUAAAUCAUAGAAAUUAAAUCAGUGAUUACCUGAAUUCGAGUGAGCAUGAUAUGGAGUAUGUUUUAUGAAUGUGAA